CUAAUGAGUAAGAAUCAUAUAUUCUCAAAGAGUAUUAACAUAAUAAGAGAUCAUCAAUAUGAAUACAAGCCAUCUUAAUAAUCAGGUUAGAAACAGCAAGGUAGGAGAGAAUCCGAGGAAGAGAUUGGCAAUGAGCAUUCCACUAAAAUUUAGAAAAAGGCGAUUUCGAAGAAAGUAAUAAUGAUCUAAAAUUCUGGUCAAUCAGGAAGGUUUCAACCUUAGCAUGUGAAUAAGAAGAAGGGAAUUCUGAACAUUACAAAGAAGGAUGGUGAGAUAUAUAAGUGUUAUGGAUAGAGUAAUAAGUGAAGAAAGGCGGCUCAUAUUCAAUAUUUAUUAGAAAUUUGAAAGAAAAUACGAGCUAACAAGAUCUCAGAGAAGUAAUUGAUGAUGACGCCAAUAUCUUGGGAGUUAGUGUAAUUGAUUCUUUGUUAUUUUUAGAUAAACAAUAAACAGGCGACAAUCACGUUUUCAAAUUAGGCUUCAGCUGAGAAUGCUAUAGGUAUUGAUUUUGAUUUCAACAUGUUCAUUUAGAAUUGAUUAAUAACUACAAGGAAAGGAAUUCAGAGAUGAGAGCAGUGCCGAAUUUCAAAUAGAAUGACAAAGUGAUAGUGAUAGGACAACAUUCGGAUAGAAACAGAGAUGGGUAAUUGCGAAUGGAUGCAAGAGAGUCUAUAUUCGAUCGUAUUCAGAUAAAGAAAUGAUAAGUGC